AUCUUGGCUAUCGAAGGUCUAAAACAUCGGACCUUGCCGGUCAGCCAACACCUCCACCAGGAGAUACGCUUCUUCAGAGGAGGGAGGUACUGGUGGAGUUUACCAGUUCAGGAUCUGAACUCAGAUAUGGGUAAAAAAUUGAAGAAACAAAAACGACCAGGCUGACCCAGAGAAGAGAAGGACCUGAACUUUUACCCAUCAGACAGAAUUCUAAGGAUUUUGAAAACCACCAUAGAGUGCAAAUGCAAACAAAAGACACUGCUACAUUAAAAUGUAUCUUUAGGACUUAGAAUACAAUAACAUCAAAUACACAAUUGCCAGCUUGUUUUUCAGCAUAGUACCGAGAAGAGGAACCUACUGGAACAAUGAAAAGGAAUACCUGAUUCAGAGAUUUCUUUACAAUUGUGAAGUGCUGUUAAUAGAAUAAAAGGAUUACUGGAGAUUUUAAAGAAAGAUAUGGGAGUUUUGUGUGAGGUUUCAGCUGUCCAGAAAUUGUAUGGUAGCAACUUUGCAGUUUAAACUAAAAUCAAAUUUUUUAACUUUCAGAGUUUUCACUUAUUUUAUAAAACAUUUAAUACCUCUAAUCACGUAGCUGUUCUCAAUAAAAAGUUAAAAGGCAAGGAAAUAAAAAGCUUUCCAAAUCUCAAGAAACUUUUAGGGGUAGAAGCUUUGGACCACAGAAGGGUGGCUUUCAGCAUCAUGCUUAGGCCCACUUCCCUAUCAUCACCUCCAUUAAGAGUGUAAUAUUGAGUUCCCUGAUGGACUAAGACAGAAAUCAAGCUGCUUCCUGGUUUGUUCUCCACCAACUCUCAAAUUAAUUCUUCCCAUUUGUCCACAGGCUGAGAGAUUUUUACAUUCAUUAAGCCACCCACAAGGAUCACCAAGACCUUUGUUUUAUGUAACCACAACUGCUCCAGUGCCCAUGGUUGGAUUAUUUUCACCACUGAAAAGGAACUGCAAUGGAGAGUACAGAAUCAAUUAUUUUUCUUGUAUCGUUUUCCAUACUGCUGUGUGAAAGUUACCACCAUGGGGUGGAGACAGCUACUGUUGUGCAUUCAUCGGAGAGAGCUUUUCCAGAAAAGACAGUGGGUGUUAAUAGUGACUUGGCAGGACUAAUACAGAAGUUGCACCUUCAAGAGCUUUUUAAUCGUUAUGGAGAAAACAACUCUCUCUCAAUUGAUGGGUUUAGAAAACUGCUACAGAACAUAGGUAUAGAUAAAAUGAAAAGGAUUAAAAUAAGCCACGAUCACGAUCAUGAUCAUGACCACAGUCAUGACCAUCAUGACCAUGACCACGAUCAUCACGCUCAUCAUAAUCACGUUUCAUUGAGUAAAAGCUCUGAGAAGACUGCUUGUCCAAACCACGAAUCUGAUGCUAGCAAAGACCACAGGAACAGCCACGCAAAGGAGCCUCAUAAAGCCGAAAGCGUGGAGCGGCAGCAGAACUUUGUGCGCAGCAAGAACACGGUUCAUGAGAUCACCGCGUCCGUCAUCACCGCUUCCGCAGGCGGCCACGCCGAGCUCCAGAACGUGCAGCCCGGAGAAGUCAAGAUGGUUGUUCGUGUGGGUGCGGCUGGCCCUGGUGCCUUUAAUGUCACAGGGGGCCGCAAUGCCACCUGGCUUGGUGCCACGAGGACAAACGAAUCUCGUGCUUCUCCGAAGGAAGAAGGGAGCUACCUCUAUUCUAAACUGAAAAAACAAAGCACUCAGGAGUGCUCCAAUGCAUCCAAACUGAUGCAGUCGCAUGGAAUAGGCACUCAAGUACUGUUGACUGCUACAGAAUUUAGUUACCUCUGUCCAGCUCUUAUUAACCAGAUCGAUGGCAAAUACUGCAUAGUCCAUGCUACUAGUGAAAAAGCUGAAACUCCUCCAAAAAGUUACUCUCUGCAAAUAGCUUGGAUUGGUGGCUUUAUAUCCAUCUCUGUCAUCAGCUUUCUUUCCUUGCUGGGUGUUAUAUUGGUACCACUGAUGAAUCGAGUGUUUUUCAAGUUUCUUCUGAGUUUUCUUGUGGCACUGGCUGUUGGGACCUUGAGUGGAGAUGCCUUCUUACACCUCCUUCCACAUUCUCAUGGAAACCAUCACCAUCACCAUGAAAAGCCUCUGCUUGAUCAAAAAGGCUCUAUGUACAAACAUCUUGUUUUUCAAAGUACAGAGGAGAGUGCUUACCUGGAUUCUACAUGGAAAGGACUUACAGCACUUGGAGGCUUGUACUUCAUGUUUCUAGUAGAGCAUUUGAUCACUUUAAUAAAGCAAUUUAAAGACAAGAAGAAAAAGAAAAAAAAUGAAGAUGAUGGAGAAAGUAAGAAGUUUUCAGCAAAUGAAGAAAAGUUGGAUACGGAUGAUCGUAACUAUUGGGAAUUAUCUCUGAAGUCGGAAUAAGUUGUGGAAGCAUUUCAAAAAAAUCUCCUGGUUUAAGAAAUUGGAUUGUCAACUGUACAAGAGGAAGAAGAAGUGAUGAUAGCUCAUUCUCAUCAAGAGGAGGUUGACAAUGAAUAUGUGUCCAGGGGCUGUAGAAACAAAUGCCAUUCUCACUUGCACGAUACUCUGGGACAGACAGAUCAUCUAAGUCACCAUCACCAUGAUUACCAUCACAUUCUGCACCACCAUCAUCAUCAGAACCAUCACCCCCACAGUCACAGUCAGCGCUACUCACGCGAAGAACUGAAGGACGCAGGGAUAGCAACUCUGGCGUGGAUGGUGAUCAUGGGAGAUGGACUGCACAAUUUUAGUGAUGGACUGGCCAUUGGAGCAGCCUUUACUGAAGGGUUGUCUAGUGGUUUAAGUACUUCUGUGGCUGUAUUUUGCCAUGAAUUACCUCAUGAGCUAGGAGAUUUUGCUGUCCUUCUAAAAGCUGGUAUGACUGUCAAGCAAGCUGUGCUUUAUAACGCUCUGUCAGCGAUGCUGGCCUAUCUUGGUAUGGCAACUGGCAUCCUUAUUGGUCAUUAUGCAGACAAUGUUUCAAUGUGGAUAUUUGCACUUACUGCUGGCUUGUUCAUGUAUGUGGCUCUUGUGGAUAUGGUACCUGAAAUGCUCCACAAUGAUGCCAGUGACCAUGGAUGUAGCCGGUGGGGAUACUUCCUGUUACAGAAUGCUGGGAUUCUCCUGGGUUUUGGGAUAAUGCUGCUUAUCUCAGUAUUUGAACAUAAGAUUGUAUUCAGCAUAAACUUGUAAUUCUGGUUGCCAGGAAGACACCUUGGUGUUAAAUUAUAAGUGGUAGGGGUUUUCUUCUACGAAUUUUCUUAUUGGGAAGGUACAUUUGAUAUAGACUAGAUAUUUUUAUUGGUGUGCUUUGUUGUUGUGUACUUCCCUCCCUUCUUGCCUGAUUGAAAGGGACACUGUAAAGUUUGGGGUUUGUUGGGGUUUUGUUUGUUUGUUUUUAAUUGUGGUUUUUUUUACUUGGGAUUUAGCAUUGCUUAUGGUACUGUGGAAAGUGGUACUUAGUAAAACAUGGCCAAAUCUAUAUUAUUUGUAUUGUCUGUACCAUUUGGGGGGGUUAGGUUGUUUUUUUACUGAAUUUAUUUACUGUAUGUAAUUAUAUGUAAUGUUUUUUACUUCUGUGGUUUUGUUGGUUUAAAGAGAUAAAAACAACAGUGGGGUUUUUUUUAGCAGUUAGAAUCAGUGGAUACAAAGCACAGUGAGCAAAGCAAAACAAAAACAAGACAUAAUGGUUAGCAUGUGUUUUUUGGUAAAAACUCAUUUCUUCUGCAUCCACCUGGUUUAUUCAGAAAGGCAGGUAAGUCCAUUCCAUCCUUUGUGGUGGUGCUGAUUCUCUCAGUAGCUUGUGGAUUCCUGUGUAUUUUUCCAGUUGGUUUCUACCCCAAACAAAUGAAUAUAAAACCGUGUUCUAAGUGUUUACAUCAAAUGUUUAACUUGUUUCAUCCCUUCUGAUAGGAGUUGCUCUUCACUGAUUUCUCAAAUCAGCAACAAAAGUCCAGUUCUUAAAUUGCCAAAGCUUUAAGAUAUGUGAAUUCCAUCAAAAAGACUUUAAAAGCAGUGUUGUAUCCCACUUACACUGCCUGAAGUGACAAGGGUGUAUUAAAGCCUGUUUGAUAUCAAGGGGGAGGGGUGCUACAGGCUGAGAUAAACAGUCAUUUCCUACAACAGCUUCUUGAAGUAAAGUGUUGAUUUACUUUGGGAAAAUGAGCUGAGUGGGAGAGCUGCCUACUUCUAGUUCAGUGUAAUUGCACACAAACCUAUGCUAUAUUUUUUGCAAGAGCUAAAGCUGAGAAAUCCAAAAUAACAAAAUUUCUUUGGUACCAUAAUCUAGAGAAACAUUGUGUUAAGGAUGAUAAGUGUAUACUUAAGUAUGUAGUUUAAGCCUACAGUCUUAAUACGUUUAACCACCCUGAAUGUCUCUGAAGGAAGAAGGUUGGAAAAAACCAAUAGCAAAAGAAAUUCUGCAUUUGUAGGAAAGCUGAACAUGUCAAAGUUGUUUUAUGAUGAAUAAAUAACAGAAUUACGCUAUCUUACUAGCUGGCUUUAAAGAUCCCAGAAAUAACACAAUUAGAACCUAUUUCUAAUCCACUGCUUCAAAUGAUCAGCUGAAUAAAAAGCUUGAACAACCAGAGCAAUUUUUGAUGAUACUGUGUAUGGCAGGUUAAAACAGUUUGUUGGUCUGUCACACAAUGGAAGCCAGGAAACAUUCUAUUACUGCAGAAAUUAAUGUUUUCAAUUCAUUGAGAGGUCUGAGGGUUUUUUAGGAAAAACUCCACAGGAGUUUUUGCAGCCAGUGGACUAUUAGCUGCUCUUCCUUCAGCCUUUCCUCAGGUUAGCAAGAUUGUUAUUUACUUUUCUGCUCACAAUGAUGAAAUCCUGUUCUGUGCCUCCUUUGAAGCCAGGGGUUGAGAAAGGUGUACUUGCUUCAGCUCUCCUAAUGCAUCCCUCUGUCCUAGCAGGCUUUUUAGGGCUUGGGCACAGUGUUUACCUGUGGUGUGGGAAAACUCCAUAAAUGCAGUGUACUUCAGCCCGUGGGGCUUCCACCUUCUGCACCACAAUCCUGGCUGCUACAGAAAUGGGGCAUCUCUGUAGUCCUGGGGCAUUUCAGACUUGGAUGAGCUCAGUUUGUUUUGAACUUUUCACUGCUGGUUUCUGUUAGCCUACAGCCAUAAUAGCUGCCAGUUCAGCUGGACUUCUCUUGUCUGGAUUUGACACAGGAAGCAGGCAGGUAGCCUACUGUUGCUCAGGAGAUUUUAAGAUCAAUGACUUAACUAUGGAGAUAAAUCUACAAAUUUAAUUGUUUCCAGUGGGUUCUUGGCUGACUUUUGAUGUACUCGACUGACAUUAAAAUAUCCACAUAUCAAAACACAUUGCUAAUUUAAUCAUAAGAAAAAUGAAUUGCCUUUAGAGCAUGUGGGCAGAAAUGUCUAUCCUGUACACAAGCAUGUUCUACCCGUUCAGUGCUCUUCAGUCACUGAUGGAGAAAUGUCCAUGAUAGGCAGCUGUCCAAACUGAUAACUGAGAAGGCUACAGACUGAAACUUGCUGUAGUUUUGUAUCAGCAGGAUGAAAAAAGGUUGGUUGUUGUUUGUUUUGAGUUGGUUUGUUUUGUUGUCAUUUCUCUGUCAGCCUUAUAGAGUCUGCAUCUGUUGCAAUGUAUUCAUGUUGGAAGUACUCAUUGUUUGGCAAUCUGGGGCAGAGCCUCUAAGUAGCCCUUUAUUUUUAUGGGUAUAUUUUUCUGCAGCGGUUUUUAAUGUGCCUGGCUACUCUGGAUAAUAAAUGUGUUUGUUUUGUGUAUUCGUCUGUAGCUUCAUAAUGGUACAGUCAUUUAUGUAUAAUGUUAUGCUGUUACAGCUGCCUUUAGUGCCUGUGCUAGAUGCAGGUAAACAGAGCUGGAUUCAAUUUUGGUUUGUGUUUUUUUCUUUAACAUAUUCUUGUAAUGGUUUUGGCCUGUAUUUGUAUAUCAGAUGUGUCAUGUUACUUUGGGCAGCAGGAGUCAGAGCAAAGGUGUGGAGGUUCUCAAGUUUUUCCCUGCCUGGCCCGUGGGGAUCAGGUGCUGGUACGGUUUCUCUGCAUCCUCUGUGCCUAAAUGUGAUGCCAGGUGUGUUGUGGGAAUGCAGCUCUUUUAUGUCUAUAUAAAACACAGCCCAGGCUGAAACAGAAUUCAAAGGCUGAAAUGGAAUUCACAGAGGCUCUCCUGCUGCUUGAAGUGAGACACCAGUGCAAUUAAAAUCUCUGUGGAAAAACUGGGGCGUUCUGUUUUCCACGAGCAGGAAACUAAAAGAUGAUUUAAUGGAAUGUGGGUGGGGUUGUUUGUUUUGUCGUUGUUUUGUUUUGUUUUUAAUUUAAGGUACUUUUUUGGUGUGUGUAUAUAUGGUCACUGUAGCUGUUAUUGUAUUGCUGUGUGCUAGAGAAAAUAAACCACUGAACCCAA